AUGGAAUUAAAAGAUAAAAAGAUACUUGUUGGUGUAUGUGCAAUGAGUAAAAAAACAAUGAGAGUACCAAUGAUAUCAAUAUUAGAAAAUAUGAUGAAAAAUUAUGGAUCUUAUUUAGAUAUUAUUUAUUUUAGUGAUAAUACAAUAUUAUUAAAAUCAAUUGAUGAAUGGCCUAUUGUUGAUGCUUUAAUAACUUUCUAUUCUACUGGGUUUCCAAUUGAAAAGGCCAUAAAAUAUGUUACUAAAUAUCAACCAUUUGUUAUUAAUGAUUUAGAAAAACAAAUUAAAAUUAUGGAUAGAGAUUGUGUUUUGUCAAUAUUAAAUGAUGCUGGUAUUAGUCAUCCUGAAUAUGGUAUUGUUAAAAGAAAUGAUAAUGGUGAAGUUUUAAAUAACUUUGAGGAAUAUAAUGAUUAUAUUAUUAUUGAUGGAAAAAAAUUUAUGAAACCAUUUGUUGAAAAACCUAUAUCAGGUGAAGAUCAUAAUGUUUAUAUUUAUUAUCAUUCAUCACAAGGAAGUGGUUGUAGAAUGUUAUUUAGAAAAAAAAAUAAUAUGAGUUCAAUGUUUAGUAAAACAUCAAAUGUAAGAAGAGAUAAAAGUUAUUUAUAUGAAAAAUUUAUUGAAACAUCAAAUAUUGAUGUUAAAUGUUAUGCUGUUGGUAGUAAAUAUUGUUAUGCAGAAUCAAGAAAAGCUCCAGCAGUUGAUGGUGUAAUUGAAAGAGACAUUAAUGGUAAAGAAAGAAGAGAAGAAGUUAUAUUAACAAAAGAAGAAAUGGAAAUAUCUUCAAAAUUGGUUAAAGCAUUCAAUCAUACAGUAUGUGGGUUUGAUAUUUUAAGAGAUGGUGAAAAAAGUUAUGUUUGUGAUGUAAAUGGUUUUUCUUUUGUAAAAGGAGUUAAAAAAUACUAUGAAGAAGCUGGUAAUAUAAUAGGUGAAAUAAUUUAUAAUAAUUUUUAUAAUAAUAAAGAAACAAAUAAUAAUAAUGUUGUUAAUGAAAACAUUAUUUUAUCAGAAGAUUUUCAAAAUAUUCCAUUAGAGAAAUAUAAAUAUAGUAUUCAACAAAAAGAAGAUAAUAUAACUGAUUUUAUAAAAGAAGAAUAUAGUAAAAAUAAAAAAAUACAUAAAGAAAUAAUAGAAUUAUCAAAAAUAAAAGUUUUACAAAGAAAUUUUUAA